AUGCAAGAGGAAAGUGCAGUGAUCGCGGACUUUACGUGUGCGGUGUGCGAUAAGGCGGAUUUGGUAGAUUCGUUAUUGCAGUGCGAUUUUUCCGAUAAAUGGUACCAUUACGAGUGUGCGCACGUGGAUAAAACGAUAGAGACGAGGGCAUGGUGGUGUGCGGAGUGCGAAGUGAAGACCAAACUAGCGAGCGGCAAGAAAGACGACGAGAUAGCGCGCUUGAAGAGAGAGAUGGAGGCUCUUAAAGCCACGACGGAGAAAGCGUUAGCUUUGAUACGGGAGAAGGAUGCGGAAGUAGCUCGGCUCAGUAAGAGCAGCGAGCGAACCUCGUUUUCGCCCGGGGAAUCGCUUCCUUGCUCAACGGCUAAACGGAUUUCGGUCAACGAAGAAGGUGACCUGAGCCAAAGCCAAAUAGCAGCCCGUCAAGCAAUGCGCUAUGAACUCCCUUCAUUCAAUGGGAAUCCCGAGGAAUGGCCGAUAUUUCUGUCAACCUUUCGAAGAUCGUCUCGUACGUUUGGGUUUACCGAAGACGAAAAUAUCCUUCGAUUGCAAGGAGCGUUACGGGGAAAAGCACUACGAACGGUGCAAGGCCGUCUCCGGCACGCUGACAAUCUGGAGGAAAUAUUGAGCGCGCUUGAAAAAUCAUACGGGCGACCGGAUGUGUUAGUGAAUACGUUGCUCGAACAAAUUCGCGAAUCACCGCCGAUUAAGUCUGAGCGGCUCGAUAGUUUUAUCGAAUACGGCGAUUUAGUUCCUGAAAUAUGUUCAACUAUAAAGGCAAGCGGAACUUCUGACAGAUUGUACGAUGCAGCGCUGCUUCAAGAGCUGGUGGACCGUAUGCCGGCAUAUCUGCGCUGGAGCUGGGGCAUGCAUAGUCAGGAGCUAAAAAGUGUGACGAUGAGCGAGUUCGGUGCCUGGAUUCAGAAGGCGACGGAUGGAGCAAUGGCGGUAACUCCUCCGCAGCUGAAGAAGAAGACGACAACGCGACAAGUGCAUGCGCAACACGUGGAGACGCAUCAGCCCCAGCCCAAUAGGCAUCGAGAGUGCGCGUUGUGUAACAGUGAUACGUGCGGUACGAUCGCGGAGUGUCGGGUGUUUAACCGGUUAAGCGUUGCUGAUAGGUGGGACAAGGUGCGCACCUUGAAGUUGUGCAAACGAUGUUUGGGCAAGCACUACGGCCCGUGCUCGAAGCGUGACGACUGUGGUGUCCAAGGAUGCGUCGCUAAGCAUCACCGGAAGUUGCAUCGUGUCACCAGCGAGGAACGCGUGGAGAUAAAUCAUCAUGGAACGCGCUCCGAUGGUACAUUGCUGCGUUACGUGCCGGUAAAGCUGCACGGUGAGAGUGGUCCAAUUUACACGCAUGCGCUGUUAGACGAGGGGUCGACGGUGACGUUGAUGGAGCAGGAGCUCACCAGGCAACUUGGGGUUAGCGGCGUUCUUGACCCGUUGUGUUUGCAGUACAGUGCGGGAGAGCGACGCGAUGAACGUGAUUCGGAAAGGGUAGCGGUGCAAGUCUCCAGUGCUGAAGAAAAUGCAUCCGCAUUUUCGAUGGCCGACGUGCGUACAGUCAGCCGGUUAUCGCUCCCUAUCCAAUCGGUCGAUGUGAACGAGUUGAAGCGGAAAUAUAAGCAUUUGGAGGCGAUUCCAGCUGCCUCGUAUGAGGCUGUUUCUCCUCGUUUACUAAUCGGUAUCGACCAUUACAGAUUGACCAGACCUUUGAAAACUAUAGAAGGACAGCCAGGACAACCUACAGCUACGAAGACGCGUUUGGGAUGGCUCAUUUUUGGCAAAUGCACGGAUAACGCUAACGACACAUCCAUUGUGCAGCCGGAGUCUAGCUACCACGUAUGCGAUUGCCAAGGAGAGACCUCACGGGCAGAUCGUAUGAUGGCAGCGUACUUCGAAGUGGAAGGUUAUGGUCCUGCGAAGGAGCCUUUGUUGUCGAAGGAGGAUCAACGUGCGAUGUCGAUUCUGCAAAACAACACAAAACACGUCGACGGGCGGUACACCACGGGCUUACUCUGGCGGAGCGACAACGUUUUCAUGCCGGAAAACCGUCAAAUGGCUCUAUCUAGGAUGGAGUGUCUGGAGCGUAAGAUGAGCCGAGAUACGAGCCUUGCGGAGAAAAUUAACGCGAUACUAGAGGACUACUUGAAAAAGGGCUAUGCCAGACCGAUAAGAGAGGAUGAGCUGAAAACCUUCUACCCUAGGAAAUGGUAUCUUCCAGUGUUUCCAGUGACAAAUCCUAACAAGCCUAAUAAAAUUAGGUUAGUAUGGGAUGCGGCAGCUGAAGUUAGAGGUAUUUCGCUGAACAAGAAGCUGCUGACUGGCCCUGACCUGUUGACACCGCUGCAAGCCGUGCUAUUCCGUUUCCGUGAAUAUCGAGUCGCGGUGGCAGCUGACAUCCGGGAAAUCAUCAGAGUCGUGACAGCGGUAAAAGGCACUGAGUCAACCCUCAAGGAAAUGGAUUUCGAACCGUGUCUAAAGCCAGAGAAGGUGCUGGGAAUGUGGUGGGACACCACAACAGAUAGUUUCGGCUUUAAACUAUCCCGUGUAAGACACCUGGAGCUGGCACGCAAGGACAAACCACCGUCCAAGAGACAGAUGCUGCGGACUUUGAUGUCGAUCUACGACCCGUUAGGUUUGAUCGCAGGCGUGCUUUUUUAUUUGAAAGUACUUCUUCAGGAAGUCUGGCGCCUACACCUUGGCUGGGAUGACGAAGUUCCGGAAGAGAUCCAGCAUAAAUGGGACGCCUGGAUGGAACGACUGCCAGAAUUGGAAAGUUUCAUCAUACCACGUUGCUACCGACAGCUGGCGUCGCUCACCGAAUCAUCUCUACAGCUACACGUGUUCGUUGAUGCGGGUGCAGAUGGUUACGCAGCGGUCGCGUACUUCCGUUUUGAGUGCCAUGGACGUAUCGAGGUGUCGUUAGUUGGAUCCAAAGCUAGAGUGGCGCCUCUAAAGUAUCUUUCCGUGCCCCGCUUAGAGCUGCAGGCUGCUGUGAUGGGUUGCAGAAUAGCCUCGUCUAUAACUAGUGCUCAUCGAGAAACUAUUAGUGGAAGCUACUUCUGGACAGACUCGACUGAUGUUAUAGACUGGAUAAACGCAGACCACCGUAAGUACUCGAUUUUCGUCGCACAUAGGGUUGCUGAGGUGCUGGACACGACGAACGUCGACGAUUGGCGAUGGCUUCCAACUAAACUUAAUGUGGCGGACGAAGCGACCAAAUGGACCAACCUGCAGCAUCAUCUCGCCUCCGAACGAUGGUUUAGUGGGCCCGAGUUCCUGCAACUACCCGAAGCAGAAUGGAACAUACCUCGUCGAGUACCAUCGGAAACGUCCGAGGAGGUGCGGAAAAAGGAUAGGCUGAAGCUGGUCGGCAUCCACAUAGCGCGUCCGAUUUUCAUCGACUACGAGAGAUUUUCCCGAUGGACGCGGCUGGUCAGGACGAUGGCUUACGUGUGUCGGUCCGCUUAA